AAAUACACGCGCUCAGCCCAUCCCACAUGAGCUCCAUAUGCCCCUCUCCUCCUCCUCCUCCUCCUCCUCCUCCUCCUCUCUCUCUCUCUCUCUCUCUCUCUCUCUCUCUCUCUCUCUCUCUCUCCCCCCUAUCUAUCUACAUCUAUAGUUGAUAAGGACUGAGAUGAUAAAAGUAGUGCUAUAGGGAUUGUAAGGAGAUGGCAGGGAUCCAGUGCCAGACCAAACCUACUACCACCAGCAGCCCACGCCUGAAGCUUUUCGGUUUCCACGUGUCCGAGGACGACGAGGCCGACCACCAGUCCUCGCCGGAGGCUGGCGCUACCUCCGAUCCCUUGUCCACCAUCACGGCGGCCACGGCCCCCGGGGACGGGAGGAAGUACGAGUGCCAGUACUGCUGCCGGGAGUUCGCCAACUCGCAGGCGCUGGGCGGCCACCAGAACGCACACAAGAAGGAGCGCCAGCAGCUGAAGCGCGCCCAGCUCCACCACCACGCCGCCGGCGGCAGCCACCGCUCGCAGACCGGCGCCCUGUACCCCCGCAACCCCAUGGCCUCCGCCUUCGGUCCCCCGCCUCACCUCCUCGCCGUCGGCAGCGGCGCCACCGCUCAUCUCGUGGGACCCACCUCCUCCCCACCUCCGGCCAGCAGCUGGGUCUAUUACUCCCGGGCGGGCCCGCCCUUCUACCUGUCGCAAGGCUGCGUCGUCCCCUCCGCCGCGCGGGCGUCGCCGGCCUACGCCGCCUACUCCCAGGCCGCUUCCGAGGUGCACGGCGCCAGCCUCCGCUGCUACGAUGAGGACCGGCAGGUCGACGAGCCCUCGACCGCCCGGUUCCCCGGUUCGGCUCUGGGCGGCGGGGCGAGGGACCUGCCGGCCGGUGGUACGGACGAGACGUCCGGGCUGGACCUCCACCUUAGCUUGGCUCCCGCUGGCUUCUGACUCGGUCUCGACUCGGACGCCAGCAUCGACUCAUCUCGCUCGUAUCAUGACAUAUGUAUGAAUUAAUUCUAUGGUGGAUCGGAUCCUGUAAAUUGCGGUUAUUUUUUUGUUAUAUUUUCUAUGAUUCCAUUUUGUUCCAUUCAAUGAAUGACUUCUUCGUAUGA